AUGGUGCCCACGGUGGGGAGACACACAGGUCCACGAGGCAAACUUCAACAAGUUGUUUCUCCUGAGGGCGUCGACACUUCUGGCAUCUAUAAUUCUUCUGUUUAUAGUUCUGGCAUCUAUAAUUCUUCUGUUUAUGGUUCUGGCAUCUAUAAUUCUCCUGUUUAUAGUUUUGGCAUCUAUAAUUCUCCUGUUUAUAGUUCUGGCAUCUAUAAUUCUUCUGUUUAUGGUUCUGGCAUCUAUAAUUCUCCUGUUUAUUGUUCUGGCAUCUAUAAUUCUCCUGUUUAUAGUUCUGGCAUCUAUAAUUCUCCUGUUUAUAGUUCUGGCAUCUAUAAUUCUCCUGUUUAUAGUUCUGGCGUCUAUAAUUCUUCUGUUUAUAGUUCUGACAUCUAUAAUUCUCUAGUUUAUAGUUCUGGCAUCUAUAAAUCUCCUGUUUAUAAUUAUGGCAUCUAUAAUUCUCCUGUUUAUAGUUCUGGCAUUUAUAAAUCUGUUUAUAAUUAUGGCAUCUAUAAUUCUGUAGUUUAUAGUUCUGGCAUCUAUAUAAAACCUGUUCACAUGGUAAUACUUCACAAACCUCCUCUUAAAACUCAAAUAAACCUUUAA